UUCGGCGACAGCAAGCGGUGGUGGGAAUGGAACAGUCGUGACGGGGAGGCGGUGCACAGAGGCGGCGAGUGACCUGCGGUGGAAGUGACUGGCUGACUGACGGACGGACGGACGAAAAGAAGAAAGGGAGGUGACAGGGACCCGGCUUCGUGAUGGGGCGGUUAAGAUUCCUCUGCCUGGCGCUUUUCCUGAUGGGCACCAUGCUGGAGGUGGAGGCGCAAACCAGCUACUUCGACAAGAUCAAGAAUUACUUCGACAUGAAGUUCGAAGACAUAAAAAUGAAAUUCCAGGGGUUUAAGACAGCCAUGGGCAACAAGUUUGACCUCCUCUCGGAUAAGCUCAAAAAUUUCUUCAACAAUCAAAACUUCACAUCCGCCACGGCUGCAGACCUUCUGGCUGAGCUGAAGGGUGACGACUGGAAGAAAAUGGAGAUCUUGAGGAAAUACAGGAAGGUUUGGGGUCCAACUCAGAGUGAGUACUAG